AUGCGUGACAGACUGCUAGUCCUGUUACUGUUUGGUGUUGGGAUCGUGAAAAUAUAUGAAGAAUAUGAUGAAGAAGAACAAGAAGACGGGAGCUCACCGGAUUUAAUCAAACACAAACACAGUCGUCGGGACGUCUCUGAGUUUGAUUUGGAGAACUGGGUGUCUCCAAGCCCACCGCCGAUAGUACCUUUGGAAGAACAGUUCAUCGAGGCGUUGCACAUGGAACGAACAGCUGCAUUAUUUUCCAAAUGUGGAGAUGUUUCGGAUGAAUGCAGCUGUCGCCUCUACUGCCUGCUGGAAACCUAUGAACUGCACCUUGUCCCGUUCUCUGCUCUCUACCACACUAUCGAAGGUGCCAGUUCGGGGAUUGGUCGUGCUACUGCUGUGCUAUUCGCCAGGUUGGGAUCCCGUUUGGCUCUAGUUGCAAGAGAUGAACAACGAUUACAUGACACAUUGAAUGAGUGUCGCAAAGCGAGCAAACUGGCCAACGAAGAAGAGAAGGAGCCAUUUAUUUGUAUCUCUGCGGACCUGUCUGAUAUCAGCCAAAUUGAAACUGCUUUCAAGCGAGCGAUGGAACAUUUUUCCCAACUGGACAUACUGGUAAGUUUCUCUCCUUCAGCGGUCGUUGACUCCUAG